AAACCACAGUUGAGUGUGGAAUUCAUCAUACGGUGUAGUAAAAAUUCCAUUAGAUGUCCAGAGAUUUGAAGUAUCUCUUCCUGCACUUUUUCCUUGAAGUGAGCAUGCCAAAAGUGCUUCAAAACUAAAAUCAUUGUGUCAGAACUGAAACUCUUAACAAGAUGUAUUUUAAAUGAAGAGAACUUGUGUGUUCAGGGUGAGACUGGCAUUCAGAUCUUUAUCUUAAAGCCUUCCCUCUCCAAACUUCAGCCUGGAAGGACAUUCUGGACUGUUUCAGUGUGGUGUUGCUCUUGGACGUCCAACAUUAAUGGACCCUGUGCAGUUAUUAGGUCUUGGGGAGGAGGAAAGAAUAGGCGACACCUGGCUGGUUGGUUUUGUUUCCAGUUUCAGGAGUCUUCUAUAUCUUCUACUGCUGGAGUCACCCUUUUGGCUGUUUCAGACACUCACUGGCUGCUCCAUCCUGUGCUCUAGAACUUCUGCCAACUGCUGCAAAAGAAUACCUGAGCUCCCCUCUCUUUUCUCUGCAGGACUUUAGCUGAUGCAAGUGAUGAGAAUAAACAGUCCCCACACCCCCCUGGUAAAGCUUACCCACGUGCUUUGAGUGAGGGCACAAGACCCCUGUGUGGUAAACUGGAAACACAAACAGCCAUAUAAUCUUUUUAUUACAUGUUAGAUGAAACGCAUAGAUUGAAAUCUAGACCGCAGCAAAGAAAACAACAACAUAAAACGCAGGCAACUUAGGGUAUUUAUUCGAGUUAUACUUACUUGGAGAAACUAAGUAGUAUGUCAUCUUAGUGAAAAAUCUAAAGAUGGGCAGGAACAAGAACCUGUAACCCCUCUGGUGCAUGACUUCCUGCGGUGCGCUCUGGUAAGUUCAUAAAGGCUGUUCCAUCGCACAUGCAGACUAGUUCUGUGAUGUCAGUUUAUGCUGCUUGGAUACUGUAAUGUGCUUAUGAUACACAGGAAGAUCUGUACUUGGAGGGCUUCAGUGUUAAAAGGGGAAUGUGUAGGGGAAGGAGGAAUUAAUACCAGAUCUAGACCCCUGCCCUUAUAAAGAUUCCAAGUUUUUUCUAAGAGGCAAGUCUCAUGAACUCUUCCUCAUCAGGAAUCACUUCCUCACCAUGCCGUCCUCGCCCCUGCGGACCUUUCGUGUCCAGCUCCAUCUAGCUGAAACUAAUGAGGUUUUUUCACUGCCUCAAUGUCAGAAUGACUUGACUGUGAAGAAGCUUAAGUCCCACUUAGAAUUGUUGACUGGGAUCCCCCUUCAUUUCCAGCGGCUUCACUACCUGGAUGAAGUAGAUCUGCCAGAUGAGUCUACGUUUAAGGACAAUGAGAUUGUCCCUGGUGGAAGGAUUAUCAUGCACAUCUGGAGACAAGAUGGCUGGGGGCAUCUUGUGGCAGCUGCUGCAGAAGGAGAGACUGUGAAGCUAGUCCAUCUGGGAGUUACAGAGGACUUUGUGGGCACCACGCCAUAUGCAGAGUUACUGGGACCAGAGCAGAAGAAGGAAUGGGUAGCACACCGAGCUUUCGUGGCACUGUUUAUUGCCAGCCACAGAGGUCAUGUUGAAACUGUCAAGUUUCUCCUGAGACACGGUAAUAUUCUUAAACCAAUUCUUCUCUGGGUGUAACUGAGCAGCAUACCACCUUCCUGCUUACCCAGGCCACAGAAUUUUACCCAAAUGGCCUCAGAUAUUUUGUAUUUGAGGUGGAGAAUGCAUUCAGCACCUCAGUUCUGACGUACACUUGGAGACAACAAACACUUGCUAAGUGUAAUGACUUUUGGUGUUAGAGAAAUUCAUAUUGGAAAACAAGAUUCUGAUUUUUUACUUCCCUAUCUGAGUCUCAUUUAUUUAUGGCCCCUUUCUUAUAAAAAAUAACCAUUUCUAGAUAAUCAGUCCUGUGCAGUGCUAUAUCAGACACUGAAAUGCAAGAAGAGUUGUAAGUACUAGUUCUAUGGCUCUGACAUUUGGGCGCUUUUGUUGCUUUGCAGCUAAAUAAGCCUUCUUUCCCCAGAAAUCUGCAUUUGCACAAUGGACAGUCCUUUGGGUCAGCUGAGGUCACUUGAUUGUCCUUAAUGAAAGGACAUUUGUUAGUGAAAGGACAUUUGUUAACCGCUUUUUUUUAUUCAGUCACUGAAAGCCAGCUCUGAGGAGGAAAUCCCACCUUGUCUGACAGUGCUCCCUCCAGUCCAGGUUUGUGAGUCUGGCCCCCUCAAAGUUCGUUUCUGUUAAAGGAUGUUGUCCUUUCCCUCUAUGUGAGAGCUCCCAGUGCCAAAACAUUGGCAAUGCCAAAUAUUAGCAAUGUUCCCCCAAACAGAACAAAGAAUAUCCAGUUGCUGUGUGUGAAUUAAAGGCAGGAGCAUAUCUUCGCGAGACAGGUUUGUUAAUUCCACUGAUUAGACGUGACUAAAAUAAACUGCAUCUGUCUUCAGAAAAAGAUUGUGCACUGUGGCCCGCAGGUGGCAUUACCUCCUUUCGUAUGCCUUGUCACGCUGGGCCUGUGUAUGGUUCUUCGCAGGUGCGGAUUUGCAUUCCAGAACCCCGCUGGGAAGGACUGCCCUUCACAGCGCUGCUGUCGCGGGCCAGCGCGCCUGCAUUGAGCUGCUCCUCAGCCACGGGGCACGACCUCUCAGCCCGGACGGCGAGGGACAAACGGCGCUGAGCCUUGCCCGGCAGUGGGGCCAGAGGCAGAGCGAACGCGCCAUGGUUGGCUUCCAGCGGAGGAAGAGCCCCCCUGGCACUGUGCCACCCUCCAGCGCUGCGCGCCGGGCCUUGCGGCAGAUGUCUGGUCCCACGUCCUAAAAUACACACGGACUAACUCGGUUCUGGCAAAUUUCAAGGGACGGGCAGUAACUUUCCCAUAGACCAACGCUUCAAAUAUAGGUCACUGGGUGGGAUUUGUAGGUUUUAGUUAUGAAAUAAACUCAUGUUCUGGUGAUGCUGCAGCUGAGAUGACAACCAGCUUGACAGGACAGUUCUCAAACACGCUUUUAAUUUGUAGCUUAAGUAUUUACAAUGCUGUUCCCUAGCCAAACUGGCCAUUUAGUUAAUAUGUUUUGUAGGAAAGCUUGAGCCUGUCUGCAAGUUCUCUUUGGAAUGCUCCUUGCUAGGGUAAUUUCCUAAUAGCUGGCACCAGACCAGGGCGAUACAGUUUAAUGGGUAUUUCAGGGGACUGGAAAUCCCUAGAUCUUUAAUCCAGUUCUGGCCCUGACUGACUUUAUUGCCUCUGGCACAUCAGUUAAGGGUUAUUUUAUAAGUAGGGCAGUUUGUCUGCCAUGGGAGAGUGCAGGCAAAGUUGAUGUGCAUGUAAGUGGCUAAUUAUGAUUGCCCAGUGCUUGCUUAGUGUCUCCAACAUGUUAAGCCUCAGGGCUUUGAAGGUUGGGGUUUUCUGAAGCCACUGGUGGGGCAAAGUGACUUGCCCAUCUGCUUUCAAAGUUUUGUAGUAUCCCACAUUCCUUAGACACUUUAAAAGUACUGCUGAUGGUCUCUUUAUGCCUCUGAUGGUAGAAGGAAGCUGAGCUUCUGGUCGGUUUCCUGAGGGCUUAUUAAGGACUUGGUGCUCAAUUUUGAGCAGUUUUCAUUGUUUUGCGUAAAGAGACAUUUUUCCAAACAGCUUGGCAUUUCUAUUUAACCACAGAAGAGGUGGCUCUCAGUGGGAACUGAAUGCUCCUGAGAACUUGGCCCACUGCCUUUUUGCUUGCAAAGACCCAUGUGUAGCCAGGAGACUCUACAAAUAACUAACUUUGAGUUUUUCUUGUUUCCUUGUGUCAAAGCAUUUUCUUUAACUGAUACCAGGAUUGAUUGCUACCUAAAUAUCCAGGUAAUUAGUAAAUUUUGGUCUCAAUAUUUAAGUUUGUGUUUCAGAUCUGUGCCUGGGAGUAGCCAUAUCCAUCCAGA